AAAAUCCAACAAACAAUAUAACAUUGACUCAGGACUCAAAUAGAAAAACUAAGAAGAUUCUUUACAAGAGGCAAAGAUUGAAGAAAGAAGCAAAGAAAAGAACUCUACUUGAGCUUGAGAUAAGGAAGGAAAAUGGCAAUGGCAGCUUCUGCAGCAAAGAAGAAAAUAUGCGUAACUGGUGCAGGAGGUUUCUUAGCUUCUUGGGUUGUUAAGUUUCUUCUUUCCAAAGGAUACAUCGUUCAUGGCACUGUUAGACAACCUGGUGAUGAGAAAUAUGCUCACUUGAUGAAGCUUGAGGGAGCUUCUGAGAAUCUUAAACUCUUCAAAGCAGAUUUGUUGAGUUAUGAAUCAGUUCAGUCAGCAAUUGCUGGAUGCAAUGCUGUUUUCCAUGUUGCUUGCCCUGUGCCUUCAACAACAUCAACCAACCCUGAGGCAUGGAAUCUUCUAAUAUCAUAA